AUGCCGAUGCUCAAGGAGCCCUGGAAGAAAUACAGAAAGUUCACGCCGUUGAACCUCAAAGACCGUUCAUGGCCGUCCAAAACCAUCGACAAGCCGCCGCGCUGGCUGUCGACUGAUCUGCGCGAUGGAAACCAGAGCCUCGUGGACCCUAUGGAUGGCGACCAGAAGUGGCAGUACUUCCAGAUGCUCGUCCAGCUCGGCUACAAAGAAAUCGAGGUCUCUUUUCCGUCGGCGUCGCAGACCGACUUCGACUUCACGCAGCGCCUCGUGCAGACCGAGGGCAUCGUCCCCGACGACGUCUGGCUGCAGGUCCUCUCACCCUGCCGCAAGGAGCUCAUCCGCCGCACCGUCGACUCCCUCCGCGGCGCCAAGAAGGCCAUCCUCCACCUCUACCUCGCCACGAGCCCGUGCUUCCAGCAGAUCGUGUUCAAUAUGGACAAUGAGGAUACCAAGGCACUAGCCGUCGAGUGCACGCGGUAUGCGCGGUCCAUUACAAAGGACGAUCCUGAGCAGAGCGGGACGGAGUGGACGUACGAGUUUUCGCCAGAGACCUUCUCUGACUCAUCGCCCGAGUUUGUGGUGGAGGUGUGCGAGGCGGUUAAGAAAGCUUGGGAGCCGAGCGUGGAGAAGCCGAUUAUAUUUAAUUUGCCCGCGACGGUCGAGAUGGCAACGCCGAACGUGUACGCCGACCAGAUCGAGUACUUUUGCAAAAAUAUAACCGAGCGGGAGAAGAUCUGUGUGAGCCUGCACCCGCAUAAUGACAGAGGAUGUGCGGUUGCAGCGGCGGAGCUGGCGCAGAUGGCGGGUGCGGAUCGCGUGGAAGGCACGCUGUUCGGCAAUGGCGAGAGGACGGGAAAUGUGGACCUGGUCACGCUGGCGCUGAACCUGUAUACGCAGGGCAUACACCCCGGCAUCGACUUCUCGGAUCUAACCUCUGUCAUCGACGUCGUGGAGUCGUGUAACAAGAUCCCCAUACAUCCACGCGCCCCGUACGGCGGCCAGCUCGUCGUCUGCGCAUUCAGCGGCUCCCACCAAGACGCCAUCAAGAAGGGCUUCCAGAAGCGCAAGCGGGAGCACGCAAAUGCCGAGUCGCCGUGGCAAGUCCCCUACCUCCCUCUCGACCCGCAGGACAUCGGACGCACCUACGAAGCCAUCAUCCGCGUCAACUCGCAGAGCGGCAAGGGCGGCGUGGCCUGGAUCAUCCAGCGCCAGCUGGAGCUCGACCUGCCGCGCGGUCUGCAAAUCGCCUUCUCCAAGAUCGUGCAGCGCGAGACGGAUAUGCUGGGCCGGGAACUCCUCCCCACCGAAAUCACCAAGCUGUUCGAAGAAGCAUACCACCUCAAGCGCAAUCCGCGCUUCGCCCUCGUCGACUACGAGAUCACAGCAGACCGGUCGAAGUCCCCUGCGCCGCCUGAACCCGGCAAGACAGUCAGCAACCGCAAUCUCAAGCGGAUAUUCAGAGGCGUUAUUGAGAUUGAUGGACAGGAGCACCGCAUUCAAGGCUCGGGUAACGGCGCUAUCUCGUCCUUAGCCGAUGCUCUGCGGAAUCUGGGAAUUGACCUAGAUGUUGCGGAUUAUCGGGAACACACGAUUGGUACGGAUAAGGAGGCCAAGGCGGCGACGUAUAUCGAGUGUACGGCUGCGGGGAGCAGCCAGAAGGUCUGGGGCGUGGGCAUUCAUGAGGAUGUUGUUCAGGCGUCGCUAAUUGCGUUGUUGUCGGCUGCUUCGUCGUUCCUCUCUUCAAGACCGUCCACCCCGAUACCCUUCCGCCCUAAGCGAUCAAAUACCAUGGAUAUCCCGAGCCCGGAGUCGAGUCCUAGGCAGGCAGGCAAGAAGGAGUAUGAGGGGAGUCCGCUGGUGAAUCGGCUGGAGGCGAGCGUGAACGGGACGCAUUGA